AUGAAAUCGCAACCCAAAGUUACCGGAGAAAAUAAUGAAAAACAACAACGAAAAGAUGAACAAAUCAAAAUCCAGAGAAAAAUAAUAAUAAAAAUCUCAGACCCAGAUGCUACAGAAUCAUCAUCUUCAGAAGAGGAACAAGAAAAUAGACCAUCUAGAAAGCAGCAGCCAAAGCUCACUGUUCAUGAAAUUUUUCAAGAUAAGGUAAAAACUACAACUUUUUCUAGCAAAUUGCCUUCUGGGGUUCGAAAGAGAAAAUGGGGAAAGUAUUGUGCUGAGAUUAGAGAACCAUUUAACAAGAAAAAAAUUUGGUUGGGUACUUUUAAUACUGCUGAAGAGGCUUCUCAAGUUUAUCAGUCUAAGAAACUUGAGUUUGAGGGAAAAAUAAAAAUGGCUAAAAUUGCAAAAACAAACAAGGGUAUUUCUGAAAAAUCUGAACUUGAGAGUAAGACCUCAGAUUCAUCAAAUGGGGUUGAAGGAAAAGGCAAUAAUUCUAGUGCAGGGGAAGAACAAGAAAUUGGGAAUAACAGUGUUGAAGAGUUGUUGAAGGGACAGUGGAUACAAAUUUCAGAUGAUAAAGAAGUUUAUAUUUCAUUGAAAUUGGGGGUUCCGAUUGUUGAUAAUUAUGGAUUUUUAUUAGGUGAAUUUAGUGAAUUGGAUGAUCUUAGUAUUUCUGUCUGUGAUAUAGAAAAUGAUCUCUGA